AUGGCGGCAGCAGCAGCAGCGGCGGUCAAGCGACGUCAGGAAGUCGAAGCGGCCAUUGCCGAAGGGAAUAUCCCUGCCAUUGGCACGCGGAUAGAAAGCUUCGCUCAGAAAGACCCGCUACCGCCAGCUGACCAAACUGGAAUAUGGCGACACCAGCGCAAGGUCGCGACAGCGUAUUUGAACAUCAAGUCGCAGAUGACAGUUGCUGCGUUCAUAUGUGGAAACUUCAUGAUCAACAUCACAGAGAAGUGGAUCGAUCCGAAUGGAGACAGGCAUCCGGAUCUGUGGCGAGGGACCGAUCUUUUCUUUAAUAUCAUCUUCUCCUUUGAGUUGGUUGCGAACAUGUAUGGCUUCUGGUGGCGACGAUUCUGGUCAUCUGGGUGGAACGUGUUCGAUGUGGUGGUGGUGUCUAUAGGCAUCCUAGACGUCUUUGAAGUGCCCUUGCCGGGUCCUCUCAGCUUGCUUCGCAUGAUGCGAGCAUUCCGAGUCUUCAGACUCUUUAAGCGGAUCAAGUCACUGCGAAAGAUCUUAGAAUCGCUGGCGAAAGCUAUGCCUGCGCAUGUGAAUGCGUUCGGCAUCUUGUUCCUCGUCAUGUGCAUUUAUUCCAUUCUGGCAGUGGACUUUUUCAUGAACUUUGCCUCUGAAGGCUUUUACACCAACACAUUGAACAUAACUGUGCCUUUGGGCACAUCGCGGGAGCUACACCAUGGGGAGGAGUAUUUCGGGAAUUUUUGCCUCUCGCUGUUCACCAUGUUUCAAGUCCUGACCGGCGACUCCUGGUCAGAGGCUGUGGCACGGCACUUGAUUUUUACCGACGACAUCACUCGAACCAUCGGGACGACAGUCUAUUUUAUAUCGUUUCAGCUGCUCUGUGGAAUCGUCUUGAUCAAUGUCACCAUUGCCGUCCUCUUGGAGAAGAUGGUGGACGAUGGGUCGGAAAAGCUAGCCGAAGCCCAACGGGCGGCGGCUGAAGCAGCCGUAAGUUCCAGCACGACCGUGGACUGGGCGUUUCAGGCUGCUCAGCUUCCGGUAGCAGACUGCAGCGGAGUAGUGGAGUUGGAGAAUGAAGUACGUGUUCUCAGACAAGACAUGCAAGUCUUCAAAAAGCACCUGGAAAUUCUGGCAGCUCUUGCGAAGGACAAGCCUUCGCUGCUUCUUCGGCUGUGCCACAGCCAGCCAGGCAAACCGCCAUGA